AUGGCGCGGCGGGCGGGAGGCUCCGUGGCCGAUGAACUGGCCAACGCCGCCGCCCGCGGGGACCUGCAGUGGCUCAGGGAGCUGCUGGACGGCGCGGCGGACCCCAACGCCGUCAACUCCUACGGCAGGACCCCCAUCCAGGUGAUGAUGCUGGGCAGCCCGCGGGUGGCCGAGCUGCUGCUGCAGCGCGGAGCCGACCCCAACCGCCCCGACCCGAGCACCGGCUGCCUCCCGGCGCACGACGCGGCCCGCGCCGGCUUUCUGGAGACGCUGGCGGCGCUGCACCGGGCCAGGGCUCGCCUCGACCAGCCCGACGGCCGCGGCCGCCUCCCUCUCGACGUGGCGGCGGGGGGCCCGCACGGAGCGGUGGGCCGAUACCUGCGCCACCUGCCCCCCGCGCCUGACCUCUCCCGGGGCAAUUCCCGCCCCAAACUUAUGCUCGCGCCCACCUCGGGAGACACCAAGUCGAGCAGCACUCAUGCCAUGCUCUGA